CAACCGACCGAUCGAAAGGAAGCAAUCAAAGCCAGCCGCGGCGCCCGCUUCUUCUCCCCUCAAACCGAGAGGAGGAAGGCGAGCGCGUCGUCGCCUCGUCCCCGUUCCGCCACCGCGCCCCGCCGAGGCCUCCGGCGCCGGGCCCUCCCCUUCCCUCUGCUCCCCCGCCGCGGCCGCGCGCGAUUCGGGACCGGACUGCCGCGAGCUCGCCGGCGCUCUCCCCGUACCUGCUGUCCGCCGCCGCCGCCGGUGCUGGUUGGAGAUGACACACAUGUUUCCAAGGGAUGGUGCCUCAUCUAGCUCAACCUCUAUGAGCAGCCAGAGGAGUGAGACGGAUGAUGAUCGGAUGAUUGCAAUGGUUCUCUCCGAAGAAUAUGCCAAGUUAGAUGGUGCUAUGGCCAAGCGUCUUACAAAUUUAACAUCGAUUCCUCAUGUUCCCCGGAUUAACACAUACUUCCCGACAUAUAGUGAUGCCACUAUGGACCACUAUCGCCUUCUUGAUAGGCUAAAUGCAUAUGGCUUGUUUGAAGUGCGAGUAGCUGGUGAUGGAAAUUGUCAGUUUCGUGCACUCUCAGACCAGCUGUACCGUUCACCUGAUUAUCACAGGCAUGUUCGAAAGGAGAUUGUAAAGCAGCUCAAGGAAUGUAACUCCUUGUACGAAGGUUAUGUUCCAAUGAAAUAUAAACAGUAUUGCAAGAAAAUGAAGAAAUCUGGUGAAUGGGGUGACCAUGUCACACUUCAAGCAGCUGCUGACAAGUUUGCUGCGAAGAUCUGUCUUCUAACAUCAUUCAGAGAUACAUGUUUUGUUGAAAUUGUUCCACAAUAUCAAACACCACAGAGGGAGAUAUGGCUAAGUUUCUGGUCAGAAGUUCACUACAACUCACUGUAUGAUGCUCGAGAUAUACCUAGCAAGUACAAGCCUAGAAAGAAGCACUGGUUAUUGUUUUGAUAACGAGGGAUUUUGCUCCAUACAUGUGGGUCCAUAUACUUCGCUAUGACACCAUUGUUGGCUGGUGGCAUCCUGGGGACAACCCUUAUGUGGAUUUAUCCCCUAUAGCUCUGAGUGAACAAUCCAUGUCGCCUGCUCCUUGGGACAGCAUCAAACAUGCAUACAGCAGCAGAUACAGUUACAGUUACAAUGCUGACCUGAGCCUUGUGAAUAUAAAUACACGUACUUUUUGAAGGGGAAGAUACACCCUGUACCAACAAACAGGUUGAUUGUAUACUUUUGCGUAUUUGUUCGUUGUUUUAUUCUUUAUACAGCUACACAUUGGUGCUAUUCAUCAGUUCAUUAUUCACUUCAUUUUAUAAACAUUUGCCUUUUUGGUGAUACGUUUUAUGGUGCAUGGCUGGCUUCUAUGCCUGAAUAUGGUAUCAGUUCUGA